ACAACAGACUCUGGACUCCACUUCUACGUCUCGGACACCUGCCCACAGACUCACUCUCUCCUGGCAAUGUGGUGCAGCCGUAUGGCACUGCGGCGGCUCCAGCGGAUCGCCGUUGCUCCUUUGAAUGUCAUCGGGGGUCUCACCAGCAGCGUGCAGAGGGAGAUGUCAACCAUGCAGCGGGUGUACGUCACCCGACAGAUCCCUCCUGAUGGUCUGAAGAUCCUACGGGAAUCUGGACAGGUGCAGUUUGAGCUGUGGGACUCAGAUGACACCCCUGUGCCCCGGCAGGAGCUGCUGCAGAAGGUCAAAGGUGUUGAUGGUCUGCUCUGUGUGCUGACAGAGAAGAUUGAUGCAGAGUUGUUGGAUGCUGCAGGCCCAAACCUGAAGGUUCUCAGUACUAUGUCAGUAGGUUUUGAUCAUCUGAAUUUGGAAGAGCUAAAGAAAAGGGGUAUCCGUGUUGGCUACACCCCUGAUGUCCUGACCGAUGCUGUUGCUGAGCUGACAGUGGCUCUGCUGCUCACCACCUCCAGGAGGCUCGUAGAGGCCACACAUGAAGCCAAGACUGGUGGCUGGGGCACAUGGAGAACUCUGUGGCUGUGUGGGUAUGAGCUAGCCAACAGCACUGUGGGAAUCCUGGGCCUGGGGAGGAUUGGUGUUGCCAUCGCUGAGCGACUGGCCCCUUUUAAAGUUAAGAAGUUUAUCUACACAGACGUGGCCCCUAGACCAGAGCUGGCCAGUUCCAUCAACGCAGAAUACGUUUCUUUUGAUGAGUUGGCCAAGCAGUCAGAUUUCCUGGCUGUGUGUUGUGCUUUAACACCAGAAACUAAAGAGAUCUGCAACAAGAACCUCUUCUCUAAGAUGAAAAAUAAUGCCAUUUUUAUCAACACCAGCAGAGGAGGUGUGGUGAACCAGGAUGACCUUUAUGAGGCUCUGUCCACUGGGCAGAUUGCAGGAGCUGGGUUAGAUGUCACUGUUCCUGAGCCCCUGCCCACAAACCACCCACUCUUUACCCUCAAAAACUGUGUGAUUCUUCCACACAUUGCUAGUGCCUCCUACAGUACUCGUAACGCCAUGUCCUCCUUGGCAGCAAACAACCUUCUCCUUGGUCUGAGGGGCAAGCAGAUGAUCAAAGAGCUCAAACUGUGAGAGGAGACUGGUUCCACUGGCAAACAACUGAAUACUAGAGUCCCACUCUGUCCGAGGAUUUGAUUAAAAUCAGGACUUAAAGUUUGCAUUGUAGGUUCCAUUAUUUGCAUAGAUUCUGAUAUCAUAUCAACCCAAUGUGUACAUUUAUGUUAUAUUUUGGUUAAUUCUUGUACAAUCUGUGCCAUUUCAGCUCAUGUUUCAUAAAAAUGAUUCAGCAACA